AUGGAUCCGGACGAGAAGCCGAUCGUCGCAGACCCUGAUCUAUAUCCGCCAAACGCUUCUUAUAGUGUGGAUGACUGGGAGUCAUAUCAGACUUUGAAGGAUGGAACUUCCUUUGUUCCUUCAGAUGAUCAGCAGUUUGAGACAUAUGAAGCUGGUCAUGUUACUGCUUUGUUGAUGGAAUCGCACCGUGAAAAUCCUCUUUUCAGGGCCCCGAUCGGCCCCAAUGCUCAGCACAUUUUAGAUAUCGGAACAGGUAAAGGGUCAUGGGCAAUUGAUGUCGCCGACAUGUAUCCUCAUGCAACCGUUCGUGGUGUGGAUCUCUACCCUCCGCCAGUAACCUGGGUGCCUCCCAACUGCAUUCUGGAAGUGGACGAUGUCCUGCAAGAAUGGACAUGGCAUCAGCCCUUUGACUUGAUCCACAUGCGACUCUUGGAUGGCGCUUUUACACACGAAGAAACCGACAAGUUAUACAAACAAAUCUACCAUAACCUACGUCCAGGUGCCUGGGUUGAACAACUUGGAUUAACACCGCACCUUAAAUGCGACGAUAAAAGUGUCCCCGAUGACGCAGUUAUUCUCACAUGGGGCAACCAGACAAGUGCUGCUGCAGCUAAAAUGGGACGUCCUCUUGAUUUAUACGAUCGCAUGGCUGGCCUGAUGAAGGAGGCCGGCUUUGUAGAUAUCAAAGUGUACAAUGACAAAUGGCCGAUCGGGCCAUGGGCAAAGGAUAAACAGCUCAAAGAGGCAGGAACUGUCAACGCCGCGCAUCAUGCUUCGGGAUUCGAAGGAUACGGCAUGUUCCUUCUGACUAAAUACGGAGACCCAGUUCCGUGGACAAAGGAUGAAGUGCAUGUAUACGUGGCUGGACUGAGGAAGGAUCUGACGAAUCCUAAAUUUCAUCUUUACCAUGGAGCGAGGCGCGUGUGGGCUCGUAAGCCUUAUCCCGCGGAAGAAGCUGCUAGGAAGGCCCAGGCUGAACAAGACGAGGUAAAGAUUAAGUUGGAACCAACUACCUAG